AUGUCAAAUUCCAAUAAAAAAUAGUAGAGCUAAACAGAUAUUAAAUAAAAGCUAUUAAAUAUUUUAUCAGAGAAAAAUAAUAAGGUAACUACAUAGCAAAAACCAUGUUCAAGUUUAGAUUAUUAUUCGUUAUAAAGAAAAUUAUCAUAACGAUCCCAUAAAUUACCUGUUGAAAUGACUAAAUUUGAAAGAGAGAGAUGGCUAUUUGAAAUGUUAAACACUUAAGAUCAUACAUAAUAAGUAUUAGUCUAUUGAUGAAAGUAAAGGAAUAAAAUUUGAAGGAAAUUUAUGCAAGAACAACAAAAUUAAUUACAAGAUAUCGAAACAAAGAAAUUAAAUGGAAUAAUAAAAGAGAAGCUUUAUAAAAAGAGAUUGAUUUACUACGAUAAUUAUUAUAAUAAUAUUGA